UCUCUAAAUGAACGAAUAUUCGGCCUCGGACUCUCAUGGGACUCCAUGAGCAACUAUGCAGGCUCAUCACAGAUCUCCCUGAGCAGGGCCUUGAUAUGUGUGAAUAAACAGUAUACAGAUUAUUAUAUUAUUUCAUGUUCUACUUUUUAAUAUAUUUUUUACUUUGCUAAUUUUCCUGUAUUCUAAUGUAUAUUAUUGUUUUUCAGUAUCCUGUAUUAUGUUUUUACAUGUAAUCAGGAAUGAGAUCUCAAUCUCAGUGGCACUUAACUGAUUAAAUAAAGCUUAUAUGAGAAACUUGACUUUAAAACAUUUAGUUAAGACUUGGGAAUUUUAAUAAAUAAGGUUAUAGGGCUGAAAAACAAUUAUUGUCAGUAUGGGUUCAUUCUAUAGAUAGAUAGAUAGACUUAUGUAUUAUUUUAACAAGGGGACAGUGCAAAUAAAUAAACACUGUCAAAAGGCUUUUUUCAACAUUAAUGCCACAAUGGGUAUGCUCAGACCUAAGUAUGGUAUCUCUUAGACUAUUGUAUAUUUGGAAAAGUUCCAUUAAGUUUCAGAUUCAUAAAACAAAACUGGUAAAACUGCAGAGGUUAGGGAAUUUCUGAAUAAAUUACUGGCAAAACCAGGGCAGGGGAAAACUCAUUAGAUAAAUUAGGAAAAAUACAGACUAUUUUGGGUAGAAUUUAGAUAACUGGAAUUCCAGAUAACUGGAAAAUAACUAUAAAGAUAAGUGGGAUGUAUGCUUCCAGGUAAUACCAUAUAGAAAGAUCAGCAUUCAGCUUAAAUAAACAACUCUCCAGCGCGCUUUUCUCUGACUGUGUCACGACUCAAGUCUUGUCCAUGUCCAUCCUGUGGCUUGAAUUUAUGCACUGUCUUCAUUCAUUGGAUUCCACACACACACAGAAAACAAGCUUCCGUCUCGAGAAGGUGGGAGGUGUCACGUGGUAUGUAGCCCCAGCCAAUCAGGAGUAAGUGCGCAUUGCGAUCCUGUGCAGAAGGAUUGUUUUAUUAAAGGGUUGGUAGUGAUCAUUGAGCGAGCGGAGCUGUCCACGGUGCUGAAAGUUACUAUGACGGACUGACUUUCAGCACCACGGGCAGCUCCCCUUUAAUUCCUAUUCAAAAACAAUACACAUUAGAUUUUCUAAAUAAUAUAAUACAACAUUUAUGAAUUUUAAACUCGUCCUUUGCAACUUUGCAGUUGUUUAGAUUCGUUAUUGUUGUUUGCUGGUUCCAUGGAUGAUGUGUAUGUAAAGAGAGACAACUUUACGAGUCCAAUGCAACUGAAGCAAGGAAAGCUUUGUGAGCAAGCUGUGCAGCUCUGACUAAAAUCCCACUACAAAUAAAAAAACAUAACUCCAAUACAGCCUAACAACCCUAAGACUAAAUUUGUUACUGCUGCAACGCCAGGACGAGUGGAUGAUUGGGUUUCAGCCUUUGGUUUAUGCCUCCACAGCUGCUCAAUCUCGGGCAGUUGGCUGUAUUUCCUCAGGGUGAUAUAACUCUUCUACUCCAUUAAUAACGCAGCCACCAGCGGUCACAUCAAUCUGUGGCUGCAGACACGAGCCCAUAUAGGUGCUACAGGCCUGCACGGUCACAUGGUCAGCGGCCAAUGAGCUGAAUGGAACCAGCACCGCGUAAAUCAGCGGUUACAGCGAGUUACGUGUGUUUCCUAUGAAAUCAAUAAAUGGGAAAUCAGUCAGGAAUUUAUGAAUAGGCCUGGCUGAUGGGUGUUGUGUGCAAAAGCUAAAUUACAUCUGUGAGAAUUGCAGUAGACCUAUGCAGGGGUGUGUUCAUGAAGUGAUAUUUAUCGACAGUAAAAGGGAGAAAAUAAACCUUAUAUGCUUUAAUUCAUACUUUUAAAAGUCUCUUCUUUUACUCUCUUUUUGGCUGCAGUUUCAGAAAGAAAUCUUUUUAUUAAAAGCUCAGCUCUUCGUAACGGUGUAAAAGUGCAGGUAGAUCUAUAUUUUAAAAAAGCAAUAAUUCUGUAUAGUGUCUGUUGAUCCUUAUGAAAUUAGGGUGGGCUUCACAUCCCAUGGUUGCAACCUGUUCAUGACGUCGAGCCAGCUGUUUUGGUCCCCUCUGCCCAAUCGGAGGCUCCGCUCACAUUCUACCGGAGCCGAAAUGGAUCUAUUCAUGCAACGGCUCUGUCCUCCCGUAAGUACCAUAACGCCCUUCGUCGGGUGCUCUGUGGUACCCGACUGCUGCUUUAAACGGCAGCACUGACAUGGAAACCCCAUUGCAGCUGCAGAACGAUUUCUUUCCAGAGCAGCAGUUCCAGCACUGUAAGUACCAGCACUAUUGCGUGCGGGAGGAUCGGCUCGGCAAGCAGCACGACCAAUGCUGCACCUGCAAUAACUGCACCUGUGAUGCGAGAAAAAGCCUCGUCUUUCGCGGGACGUCGCCGACCACUGUGGGAACUUUAAGGACACCUUCGGAAACGUCUUCGAGGCAAGGUUUCCAGUACAGCGUCUGCGAGUUCACACCCUCUAGUCAUGGUAGUUCAUCCAGGCAUCAUCAUCCUCACCAUCAGCAGCAGCAUUGCCGCGAUCGGCAGCGGGGCAGCCUGGGCAGCAGCCACAAAGACAGUAACUCCUACAAUGAAAUAGCCAUGAGCAGCUGCAGAUACAACGGCGGCGUUAUGCGGCCGCUGAGCAACUUGAGCUCGUCCCGCAGAAACAUACACGAGUUUGAUUCCGAGUCCCAGCCUUUGCAGCCGAUCUCAGCCGCAGAUGCGUCGGACACUUUAGUAUCCAAGCCGGAGAAUAAUUCCACCACCCUGAUGCCUUACGCAUCGGGAGACGGAGGGGGAGGCUGCGGCCACAGCGGCGGUAAAUCGGGUAAAAAGAAGAACCAGAACAUUGGGGAAAAGCUCGGGCACAGGAGGGCCUUGUUUGAGAAAAGGAAGCGGCUCAGCGACUAUGCUUUAAUCUUUGGGAUGUUUGGGAUCGUUGUUAUGGUUAUAGAGACUGAACUCUCAUGGGGAGCCUAUGGAAAGGAGUCCCUGUAUUCAUUAGCUCUAAAAUGCCUGAUAAGCCUUUCUACAAUCAUUCUGCUGGGGCUGAUUAUCAUAUACCAUGCAAGAGAGAUACAGUUGUUUAUGGUGGACAAUGCAGCUGAUGACUGGAGGAUAGCCAUGACAUAUGAGCGCAUCUUUUUCAUCUGCCUGGAGAUCCUGGUGUGCGCCAUCCAUCCCAUCCCAGGGAACUACACCUUCACCUGGACGGCACGCCUGGCCUACUCCUACGUGCCAUCCAAGACAGAUGCGGAUGUGGACAUCAUCCUGUCCAUCCCCAUGUUCCUGCGGCUGUACCUCAUCGCUCGUGUCAUGCUGCUGCACAGCAAGCUCUUCACGGACGCCUCGUCCCGCAGCAUCGGUGCACUCAACAAGAUUAACUUUAACACACGCUUUGUGAUGAAGACCCUCAUGACCAUCUGUCCUGGCACUGUGCUGCUGGUCUUCACCAUCUCGCUAUGGAUCAUCGCUGCAUGGACUGUGAGAGCUUGCGAGAGGUACCAUGACAACCAGGACAUAACCAGCAACUUUCUAGGAGCCAUGUGGUUGAUCUCAAUCACGUUUCUUACCAUUGGAUAUGGGGAUAUGGUCCCAAACACAUACUGUGGGAAAGGUGUCUGCCUCCUGACUGGCAUUAUGGGCGCUGGCUGCACUGCCUUGGUGGUGGCUGUGGUGGCAAAGAAACUGGAAUUAACCAAAGCUGAAAAACAUGUCCACAAUUUUAUGAUGGACACCCAGCUAACAAAAAGAGUGAAAAACACAGCUGCGAAUGUUCUCAGGGAGACGUGGCUCAUCUAUAAGAACACCAAACUAGUGAGGAAGAUGGACCACGCCAGAGUCAGGAAGCACCAGAGGAAAUUUCUCCAAGCCAUUCACCAAGCUCGAAAAUUGAGAAGUGUUAAAAUGGAGCAACGCAAGCUGAAUGACCAAGCAAACUCACUAGUGGACCUUGCUAAGACUCAGAACAUCAUGUAUGACAUGAUAUCGGACUUGAAUGAGAGAGGAGAGGACAUGGAGAAGAGGAUUGCCCUGCUGGAGACAAAGCUGGAGACUCUACUGAGUAACUUGCAGGCUCUGCCAGGACUUAUCAGCCAGGUCAUCAGCCAACAGCACAGGGACUUCCUGGAGGUGCAGCUCCAGCCUUAUGACAAACACAGCCCAGAGCGCUCACAGUCUGUGUCCCGACGGAGGUCAUCCUCCACAGCACCGCCCACCUCCUCUGAGAGCAGCUAGAGUCUAAGGGGAUGCCUCCACUGAAGACUUUUGCCAUCAUAUGGCCAAGUUGCAUUUAUCGUAAAGCCUUAUGGUUUCAAUAAGUAUUAUCCAAAUUCUGAUGACAGAAUCCAAGAUACUGGGGACAAUGCAUUUUAAUGGAUAACUUCAUGCUGUUAUUUGUUUUUUAUUACCUCAAAAGAUGUUGUUAUCCUUGCUCUGGUGACUUGACCACAAAUAAAGGCGCUUCCCUCAGUAAAAACUAAAAGGCCUAUCGAUGGGGCUAUGAUAAGAGCUCUACUCCAUCUCUAUGCAGAGAUAGCCAGUUUUAGGUGGCAAGGUUACCAUGUGUGAAACUAUUGCACUAAAAUAGUGCUUCUCACAGACUCUGUGCUUCUGCUGGCUUGAUUCAGUUGCCGUGGUCCUCAAAGCAAACUGAGAAACCACUGAGAAAUUAGUCAGGGAGCAUGACAGUGAUUUUGAGGAAAAGUGCUGUGUUUGAUGGACUGGAGUGAACUGACACCAGAAGGCAGAUGAAAAUCGCUCCUACACACUGUCAAAGAUAACUCCAAAAGCUUGAAAUGAGGAAAAAAAGCAUAUAUCUUUUAGGUUAGAAACAGCAUCAACUAUAGCAGUUUUCUUUUGCAGAGUGCCCCUGUAGAAUGACUAUUUUUGGGGCAACGCUGCAAAUAAUUUAAUCCUCUAGUCAAAAUGAAUGCAUCAAGAUCUGUACUUGCACUUACUUUUUAAUCAAUGCACUUCAAUGCUGACUGACGUAUGAUAUAAAGAUGCGUUGCUCAUUAAAAGAAGAACAUUUGAGAUGUUUGGGCAUGGGUUUAUUAUUGUCAAUUCUCAAGUUGUGGCUAGUGUUGAUGAAUCAAGUCAAAGCCAUUUUUCUGUUUCCCACAAAGAAGCAUUAACUUAAAAGUAAUGAGUGAUCACAAACUCAGUAAUUACCGCUUGUCUUGCUGUGUCUCACCUCCUGCCCUCCCUUCCUGUGCUAUUUAUGCUUGCUGUCACCCCAGCUGGGCAACAACAAACGCUGAACAACAACUCGCUGAAACCGUAUCUACCUUUUAAAAAGAAAAUGCCUAUUUUUAUAUAUUUUGAUGAGGACAAGCACACCUCCUACAACUAAACAAACAACAAUGGGGAUGUUUGAAGUGACAGAUUCAGCAUAUCUAGCACAUGGUUCAAUAUAUUGGAUUGGAGUUAAGGUACAUAAAGUCAUCUAUUAUAGAUUAUUUAAAAUUUGCAUUAUUCUUCAGAUUGCAUUUAUUUUUUACAGCAAAUGCUUUAGAUGACACUGUUGGCUGAGCUGGAAGAGCAAUACUCAAGAGCAGAACUGGUAAAUCUACCUACAGUGGGUGGCAUUUAUUAGGUUUUUAGUGUUAAUGUCAAAAAUCUAAUGAAAAUAUUUAAAUUUGAUUGAAAUAUCCUCCUUGGCCUUUCAUACAGUCUAUAUCCUUGUUAACUGUGUGAAAAGCCUUGUUGUGGCUUAUAUACCCUCUAGAAAUUAAUAUUCCCCAUAUGGACAUAGUUGUUAACGCAGAGCAUAGCAUGGGACAGAGGAGAUCUGGUCAAAUCAGCAGCACUGAUCUUGUUCAACCAGCCCACCGACUAACCAAUAAGUCAAUCAGAUGGUCAACAAAAUGACAGAUGUUCAGUCCACAAACUUCAGCAACUAGAAACCUGAGAGAUUAUACUGUAUGCGACUUAAACAAUUAAACAAUAAAAAUAUACAAUUUGA